AUGGGACCUGUGAAAAACCAAGGAAAUCAUGAGGUAUGUUGGGCACUUGUCUUAGCCGAACUUGUGAGCGUGGUAAGAUACGUUAGAGGACAUGACAGGGUGAAGGUGGACUAUUCUAUACAAGAUAUAGUUGACUUCACCAACAAGGAAGAACGUCGGCUAAGGAAGGAUACCGGGCACUAUUGCUAUCCAUGGUACAUACAUUCAGGCUUGGAGUACGUGAAGAGAUGUGGGGUUCAACGAGAGGAAGAUCGACCAUUUCAAGUCAACUCUUGUACCAAAAAUGUAGCUCCACGUGAUCCCUUAUCAAAACUUACUUACAUAAGUAAGGUGAUACACUUGAGAACCAUCGAAGAUACUCUCACGGUUCUACAUGAACAUCCCGUUGCAGCGGAGAUACCCAUUUUCGUACCUGAGUACACAAACAUAGGGAAUGUAUAUAUAUUCUCACGUAAAUUAUCUUUGCAGAAAAUAUAUCGUGGUCCUACUACUUCGUCGUCAGUGUUUACGAGUAUGCAUGCGGUAAAUAUUAUAGGUGCGGCGACUGAAGAAAAUGGCGAGAAAAAUGUUUAUGUUAGAUCAAGUCACGGUGAAACACUUGGUGUCAAUGGAAAUUUGAAAGUUUCCAUCGAAAUAAUGAUGAUGUGCCUCACUCCUGAUAUAGGGAACGAGUUUGGGAAAUAUCCACGGUCCUUAAUCGAUAUGGUUGUCUAUCCCGAAACAUGCCCUGAGUCUGGGAUCAUCGACGUGGAUCCCCCGGAGCACUGCAUCAUUAGUAUUUUUUAA